CGGAACACAAAGUAAUACCUGUAGGCCAUGGUUCCGCAUCCAGACAUGUCUGACGAGCGUGAAAAAGGGGCAAUGCAAGUUAUGGGUUGCAGAGUUCCAUCUAAGAUAGGGGCGUUCUCAGCAGCAUUCAAUGACUGCCGUCGGAUAGGCAAUAUUGGUCUACAUGGCAUCGACACAAGCUCCCUGCUUGGGUAAGAUUAAUAGUAAUGUUUGACUACUGAAUUCAAUAGAAACCAUUGAGCCAAGACCCUGAAUGGCUGCCUGCCUGCAUGACCAUAAGUGAAGAAUCAACGACGGUCUUGGUAAGCAUUUCAGUAAUCCAUGCCCAUAGAGCUCGGCAAUGUGACGAGUUCAGGUCGGUCCGCAACCACUAUCAGCUAAAAUGGCAGUCUCGCGUGCUCCGUUCGUCCAGCAGUUCGGCUAUCAUCUCUUAACCGACGGUGUGGUUCUGACCCAAUCUGAGCAUGAGAGCGCUCGAAUUACCCAUCCUGGCAAGAGAAACGCCAUGGCGGUUAGAAGGCCUCACGAAAAGGGCAACAAUAGAGAGUACAACCAUUGACGACCUGAUUUGGAAAGCGAAGGAUCAGAAAAAAAAGAAAAGACAAUGCGAGGCUAGCGCUCGUAAUUUCUGCAGGGCUACUCAUAGCCACACGCACCGGGGAGGGCUAUCCGGACCUGAAAAGCCAAGUCAGCCAUGAGAGGUGGGAGAAAGAGGAAGUGGACUCUUGG